AUGAAAUUAUUUAAACAUAUCCUAGCAUUGGCUGUAGCUACUGUUUGUGUCUCUACUAAUACCUUUGACACUGCUCAUAAGUCAUCCAAAUUAGUUGAAAGAGAAGAAGAGUAUGAUAACACAUUCUUAAAUCUCGUUAGCCAAACUUUCAAUAGAUCGGUAGAUGAGAUGUCUGAAUUAGAGAAGGAACUAUGGGAAAAAUUAUAUUCCAGGGGCCUCAAUGUUACCUCAGAUUCGAAUGUAUACCUUAAUUUCAGCAACCUUGAUCUUGACUACAAGGCCCCGCACCCGCAGUUUAAUAGAACGAAAAGCAUUUGGGAUAAAGUAGUUCUGGACUCUAAGUUUCUGAAUCACAAAGUUCGUUAUAAGAAACAAGAUCCCUCAGUGUUAGGUGUUGAUGAUGUGCUUCAAUAUACAGGCUAUUUGGAUACCGACGAUGAUAAGAAGCAUUUUUUCUUCUGGUUCCUAGAAUCCCGUAAUGAUCCAAAGAAUGACCCCCUCAUUCUUUGGUUAAGUGGGGGACCAGGUUGCUCUUCCAUUAGAAACCUUUUUUUUUUAAAUGGACCUUCCAAAGUUAAAUCUAACUUGACGCUAGAGCGUAACCCAUACAGCUGGAAUAAUAAUGCAUCAAUAAUUUAUUUGGACCAGCCAGUGAAUACCGGAUUCUCGUAUUCGGACAUAGAUGUUACGACGACAGUAGCGGCUGGAGAGGACUUGUACGCAUUUUUGGAAUUAUUUUUUAAACUGUUCCCAGAAUAUAAGGACUUAAAAUUCCAUAUCACAGGCGAAUCAUAUGCAGGACAUUAUAUUCCUCAGGAUACGUACGAGAUAUUGCAACAUGAAGAUCGAUCUUUUAAUGUGUCCUCAAUUAUUAUAGGCAACGGAUGGACAGACCCAUUGAUUCAAUACAAGGCUUUUGAGCCUAUGGCAUGUGGGCAAGGUGGAUAUGAGGCAGUCCUUAAUCCUUUUGAAUGUGCUUCCAUGUCGUUAGCUUUCCCUCUCUGCGAGGAACUUGUCCAAAAGUGCUACGACGAUAUGGAUAAUGAUUUGAAAUGUUUCUUGGCAUCCCUGUUUUGCGAUAUUACCCAAUAUUUUUAUUUAGAGGUGAAAGGUGAAAACUUGUAUGACUUAUCCUCACCCUGUAAUGGUUCAGAGUGCUACAUGGAGUAUGAAUACAUUGAGCGUUAUUUUGGGACAUCAAAAGUUAGAGAAGCGCUAGGUAUUGAAGUCCCUAUAUAUUACGACUGUAGUCCUCAGGUACUUACUCAAGUUUACUUAACUGGUGACAAUGCUAAGCCUUUUCAACAAACUGUUCCUCCUAUUUUAGACGCCGGGAUCCCCAUUUUGCUCUAUUCAGGGGAUAGAGACUGGAUAUGUAACUGGCUCGGAAACGACUGGUGGAGUCGAAAUCUUGAGUGGUCUGGUAAACAAGAGUUUAAUGACGCAGAAACACAAAGCUGGUAUGUUGAUGGUGAAGCUGCUGGUACGGUGAGAAACUACAAGCAUUUUACCUCCUUAAGGUUCUUUAAUGCUGGACACCAGGUUCCUUACAAUCAACCUAAGAAUGCCUUGGAUAUGCUUAAUAAAUUUAUUAAUGGGAACUUUGACUUACAAUAA